AUGUAUCCAAUAUAUGCAAGUGAACAUGCAAAUAAAUCUAUCUAUCUAUCUAUCUAUCUAUCUAUCUAUCUUAGUCUCUUCAUAUCUAUCUAUUAUCUAUCUAUCUAUCUAUCUAUCUAUCUUAGUCUCUUCAUAUAUAUCUAUCUAUCUAUCUAUCUAUCUAUCUAUCUAUCUAUCUAUCUAUCUUCUCACUUAUAUAUCUAUUUAUCUACCAUGCAAGCAAGAAAGCUAAGUAACAAUGUGUUAAUAUCUAUAUGUUCGCCUGUCUGUUCAUAUCUAUCUAUCUAUCUAUCUAUCUAUCUCUUAUCGAUUUGUUCAUAUCCGUAUUUUUCUGUCUGUUCAUAUCUAUCUAUCUCUAUUCUCACCUAUCUAUCUAUCUAUCUAUCUAUCUAUCUAUCUAUCUAUCUAUCUAUCUCUUUUUCUCAGCUAUGUAGGUUAGCAUUUUGCUACGUAUCGAUGUGUUUAUAUCUAUGUGUUUAUCUGUCUAUCUGUUCAUAUAUAUCUAUCUAUCUGAGAUUUUUAUCUGUGUCAAUCUGUUUCCAUCUAUCUAUCUAUCUAUCUAUCUAUCUAUCUAUCUAUUUUUUCUUAUCUAUCCCAUUUUGUUUUUAUCUCUCUAUCUAA